AUGAUUAAGAAGCGGAAGGUCCGGAUGGAUGGGAAAGGGAAGAGGAGGCGGAAAAAAAAAAAAAAUGAUGACAGUGAAGAUGGAGAGGAUGAGGAAGAAAGAAAAUUAGAUAAAUUAAAAGCGUCCCAAAACUUAAAAUUACUACAAUAUGUGAGGUUAAAAAAGAAGGGAAUAAAUGCGGACAACCUAAGUAAUCAUAACGUAACCACACAGGACGAAGAAAAUGAAAAUAAACGGCACGAAAAACAUUUCACCAAAAAUGUCACGGAGAAGGAAAUCGAACAGGCACACAUAGAAGAUUUUAUUCGAAAAAAUAUGGAGCAGUUCUACCAAGACGCUAAGCGGAGCAACAGCAGAAGGGACGGCGACGACGGUGCCAGCGAUGGGAACAGCGAUGGGACGAGAGAUGGUGAUUGCCAUGGUGAUGCCCAGGCGGGUGAUGACUCUGUGAAGGAUCUGUACAAGCUAUCGGACCACUUAAAAGUUAAGAGCUCUGUUGCCAGUAACCCGGAGAAGCUAAGCUGCAUCACAGGCAUAACGGAGAUACCCUUGCCCAUCGAAGUCAAACUGAAAAAUAUUGAAGAGACGGAAAAGAUGAAGAGGAAGCUUCUGAAGAAGGCCAAGCUGGUAAAUUGA